UUUGUGAUACAUAGUACUUAUAUGAUAAUCUGGGGAUGAUAUAUAAGUGACUUAUGAACUUGACUAUAUUGAGAGACAAUUUUGUAAAAUAUUGUGAUUAUAUGGACCAUGAUAUUCGUUACAACCGACUAAUGCUGAACCUAGAUACGAAAAUGAAGAUGUCUGCGGCAGAUAGCCAGGAGUCAGGCAGCGCGCCGGCAAGCCCGUCCGACUCAGCCACAUCCGAGCCUCCGCCCACCCUAGUCCACAUCAAGCAGGAGAUGCCUCCAGGACAGGACAUCAAGGAGUACUAUGGAGCCAUCGACUUCGCGCUCCCAGACACCUACCUUCCCUCCAAUUACCCAGACUACCGCUACUUACCCCGAGAACUCGACUUCCAAAAAGAGAAAGAAAGUGAUUCCCAAGAGAAAGAUGACUCGUCCUCCAAGGAUGAGUUUUCGGAGUAUCUGGGAAGAGAUUACAAUCUGCCAAGCGAGUUGGUGCUGAAGGGAGGGGGGAUAUUUGCGAGAGCGAGUAUUAGUGGUGGGACGAAGUAUGGACCGUUCAUCGGCAAGUGGGAGACUCAGCCGUUGGACCGGAGAUAUGCUUGGGAGGUCCUGGGCAAGAAUGGUAUCCGCGGUUGGCUGGAUGGCUCAACAGAGAAGGGCAACUGGCUCAAGCUGGUCCGCUCCACCAACUACGGCCCAGACGUCAACGUGCAACACCUCUUGCUCGCUGGACAAGUAUGGUACAAGGUGACGAAGGACGUCGCCUCAGGACAGGAGCUACUACUCGGGCCCAGGACUCCGCUGCCUCUGCAGGACGUCCUCACUACCCCUGAGCGCCAGAACUCCAACGUCAACUCAUCGGGAGGAUCACAGCCUCUGACUGAAGAGGACGAAAGGGAGGACGAACAACCUCGCUGCUCCUUCUGUGACGCGCCCUUCCCUAAUAUAGACGCUCUCGACCGGCACCAGAUCCAAGCUCACGGGCAGCCAGCAUCAGCGUUCCACUGUGAGCUCUGCAACCGAACGUACAGCUCCCGCGCACUGUUGCUGCGUCACCGUGCGCUUGCGCACACUGACAUCAGGAAAUACCCCUGCGAGAACUGUCCUAAGGUAUUUACCGAUCCUUCCAACCUGCAGCGCCACAUCCGCGCGCAGCACGUCGGAGCCCGCAGUCACGCGUGUCCUGAGUGCGGGAAGACCUUCGCAACCUCCUCCGGCUUGAAGCAACACACACACAUUCACUCCAGUGUCAAGCCGUUCCAGUGCAAAGUUUGCUUUAAGGCCUACACCCAGUUCUCCAACCUGUGCCGUCACAAGCGAAUGCAUGUCGCAUGCCGAGCUCUGAUCGAAUGCCAGAAAUGCGGCCAGACAUUCACGUCAUACGCAUCACUGACUAAACACAAGAGAUUCUGCGAUACCGCUGCAGCUGCUAACGUUAACCUACGUGGACCUAUGCCCCAAGGUUUGCCGCAAAUCCCGCAGUUACCCAACGUCGGAAUGAAUAACCCGAACAAUAGCAACCCCUUCUCGAUGUAUCGAGGACCUACUCUGCCACAUCCAUACAAUGCCUUCGCACAUCACUAUCCAGGAUUAUUCUCUGCAGCAGCAGCCGCCGCUUGCCCACCCGAUUUUCUCAAUCCUUUCACUCGACUCAUCAACGUUCAAGGAGCUAAUGUUCUCGCUUCCUUGGAACACGAGAUCGCAUUAAAUACAAAUCUAGCUAAGCAACAGGAAGGCCGCAUGUCAGUCAAGAGCAUUGACAGUGCAACUUCAGUUGAUGACCUGAAGAAGAAAGAGUCAGAAUUCGAAAACAACAAGAGAGAUACCGAUUCAGUUGACAGGAACACUCCAAAGUCUCAGAAUUUGUACGUGAAAUCUCCACCAUUGUCUGACGAUAUAAAUCAGCGACCACUGCCCGUAAUGCCGAUGACUACACCAAUUGUUUCGUUUAAUUUCCCAAGAGACGAAUUGAAGAGGAAAUCGCCAUUCAAUUUCUCUUUGAAAAAUAAUAAUAACGAUAUUCAAGCGCGUAAAUCAGUUUCUCCAGCUCCCAAAGAUUUGUCCAAGUCAAUUAAGGAGGUUGAUAAAAAUUCUGAAUAUUCAGACAAUGAGGAAGAGCAAAAGAAAGAUCAAGGUGAUCAACCUCUGGAUUUAUCGGUGUCAAGAAAACAGAGCGAUAAAGAAUCAGAAAUGGAAAAUGAUGAUCAUUCCUUUCGCAACUCUUCGGUGAAAUCUUAUUCUCCACCUGAAAGCCCAGUGGGCCGUGAAAGUAAGACUCCCGAGAAUGAAACCACCGACGUAGAUGUAGAAGCAGUAGAGCCAAAACGGGAGGACUCGCCACCGAUGCUCGUAUCACAACCGCUGGCGUUCCCGAUGCCCGUCCACCCGCAGCACAACAACAGCCUCAUUGAUGCUAUGUACCGAGGCCCGAGAUUUCCGUCCUUUCAUACAGCAUCGGAUGCGAUUCUGAACUCUUCCCACUCACCCUAUGUCCCGAGUCCGUUCAAUUUUUUAUCCCCACUCCUCGGCACGGAUGGCCCAGAUAGACAACAGUUCGCCAAGUUCCGGGAGCUAAGCGCGGGCACGGGGAAGCUGCGAGAUCGCUACGCUUGCAAAUUCUGCGGGAAGGUGUUCCCUCGCAGUGCAAAUCUGACGCGUCAUUUGCGCACCCACACCGGGGAGCAGCCUUACAAGUGUAAGUACUGCGAGCGUUCGUUCUCUAUCUCGUCUAACUUGCAACGACACGUAAGGAACAUACACAACAAAGAGCGGCCGUUUCGGUGUCCCUUGUGCGACAGAUGCUUCGGGCAGCAGACGAACCUGGACCGUCACUUGAAGAAGCAUGAGGCGGAGGGGGGAGAUUCUCCGAGCUCGGCGGAUACGGAACGUGAGGAUGCUUAUUUUGACGACAUCAGGUCGUUUAUGGGCAAGGUGACUUGCUCGCCGGGUGCGCGCUCACCGCCGGCCGCGUCCCCGCACGGUGCGCACGCGGCGCAGCACGCGACGCGACCCUCAGCCCUCGCCAUCACCACAUAGCCGCCGGCCUACCCGCUGCCGCCGCCGCCGCCGCUGUGGGCGCAACCUUACGAGUAGCGUUCCAUUUUAAUAUACCCUGACAACAGGAUUGGUGUGGUCGGUUAUCGAGGCACAUCCCACACGAUAGAAGAAGAAGAAAAUACACUUGUAACGAUAUUGUACACUACCCAUAUCGCUAAAUAAGAGUGCUUCGAUUCAGAUGAACGAUAAUAAAAUGUACGUAUUUCGACGUCUCUCUUGUCGCGCGGAGAGCGAUAUGUUGACCGAUGUUCUUUAUAUGAAGAGGGUUGGUUAUUGUAUCGCGUCGAAGUUUUCCUAGUGAUAUACGUGCAUAACUACAUGACAAAAUAUUUAUAGUAAUUGUAAGUAUGAUUAUAUUUAUUAUUAAGGACAUUUGAGUAAAGGUAAGAUUUACUUCAAUAUUCGUUCCUAGUUUACACUUUGUGAUCUAAUAUUGACUUUGAAACGUAUGUUACAGACUGUAUAUAAUAUCUUUUCACGAUUGCAUUAGUAUCUAUGUUAAAGUUGUAUAAAGUUGAUUUACUUAAUAAGGGUCCUGCACUUGGACACGUAGGUACUUUAUUGUAAACAAAAUUGACGUUAUAUUUAUUUGAGAAAGUAUCGAAACAUUGCAUUGCUUGUAGAAAUGAGGCGUAACGAAAACUUCUCUUAUAGUCAAAUGGCUACCAAAGUUUUUCUUUAUAUACUAAAUUUAUAGGGACGAGGAGAAAAUUUUAAAUUAAAAAUUAUUGGCACUAUACAUAAACCUAUUGUUAAAUUUAUUAUUACGUAGCUAUGUCUAGAAAACAAAUAUCAUUUAAAUAUUUUUGUUAAAUUUGUUAUAUUUACACAGUUGUUGUAUAUAAAUCUUCAAAUUACAUGACGGCAUAUCAUGCGUUUAGAUUAAAUGAAAGCUCAACAUGUUAAGGUAUUGUAUUGAAACAUGAAACGUAGACAUUAGUAGAUAUGUAAAAUAUUUGUAGUCUACAAUUUAAGAAGGAUUCUACAACUUUUUAAAAUUUCAAUCAAUUAUUAUAACACUUGAGUGUAAUAUACAUUUAAAUAAACAUUUGAAUUUUUGAUUCUUGUAGUAGGUACUGUAUCUAUGGAUAGGUAUGUUAUAAUGUUAAAUAACUCAUUUAAAAAAUUGGAUUAAAAUUUGUAAUAUAUUUGAGAAGCAAUGCAAUACAUAUAGUUAGUCAUAUCACUUGAAGGCACUAGAUAUUUUUAAGGUUUCUAGAGUCACAAAUACGCUAAUAUUAAGACACCCGUACCUACAUAAUUUUAUUUCAUGUUCAAUUAUUGAAAUAUGAAUUGUAACGCAUUGAAAAAUAAAAAAAAAAACAGUACAACUAAUUAUUUUGUUUUAUUAUUCAUGAAACUUAAACUAACUAAAGUAAACUGCGUCUUACCAGGUCCAACGCCUGUCAGUGGCUGUGCAACGGGGCAA